AAAGAGACUCCUCUAGAGGCAUCCAGAAUCACUGCUAAAAUUUGAAACCCAGAGUCUCUCCAGGAUGUCCCUCAGCGCUGUAAAUCACCGCAUUCCUCUAAGCGAUGGAAACAGCAUUCCGGUCAUCGGUCUUGGGACAUAUUCAGAACCUAAACUGACCCCUAAGGGGACCUGUGCAAAGUCAGUGAAGAUUGCCAUCGACGUAGGGUACCGGCACAUUGAUGGGGCCUACAUCUACCAGAAUGAGCACGAAGUGGGGGAGGCCAUCAGGGAGAAGAUAAAAGAAGGAAAGGUGCGGAGAGAGGAUAUUUUCUACUGUGGAAAGCUGUGGGCUACAAGGCAUGACCCAGAGAUGGUCCGCCCAACUCUGGAGAAGACACUUAAUGUCCUCCAGCUAGAUUAUGUGGAUCUUUACAUCAUUGAAAUACCUAUGGCUUUCAAGCCUGGAGAUGAACCCUAUCCUAAAGAUGAGAAUGGCAAAUGGUUAUAUCACAAGUCAAAUCUGUGUGCCACUUGGGAGGCUUUGGAAGCUUGCAAAGAUGCUGGCUUGGUGAAAUCUCUUGGAGUAUCCAAUUUUAACCGCAGGCAGCUGGAACUCAUCUUGAACAAACCAGGACUCAAACAUAAGCCAGUCAGCAACCAGGUCGAGUGCCACCCAUAUUUCACCCAGCCAAAACUCUUGAAAUUUUGCCAACAACAUGAUAUUGUCAUUAUUGCAUACAGCCCUCUGGGUACCUCCAGGAAUCCAAGCUGGGUGAAUGUUUCCUCCCCACCUUUGCUAAAGGAUGAACUUCUAAACACACUGGGAAAAAAGUACAAUAAGACAGCAGCUCAAGUUGUUUUACGUUUCAACAUCCAGAGAGGAGUGGUUGUUAUUCCUAAAAGUUUUAACCCUGAAAGGAUCAAAGAAAACUUUCAAAUCUUUGACUUUUCUCUCACUGAAAAAGAAAUGAAGGACAUUGAGGCCUUGAAUAAAAAUGUCCGCUUCGUGGAGAUGCUCAUGUGGUGUGAUCAUCCUGAAUACCCAUUUCAUGAUGAAUACUGACUUCAGAAUGCUCCUGAACUGAUUUUUCCCUCCCAUGAAUGUCAGAACCUUGGGCCGGGUAGUUCCCCCAGAUGAAGAAAUUUUAAAAGUUUUCCUAUCUUUAGAUAAAGUGGUGAUGUUAACAUGCUUAAGUUUUGUGCAGAGUAAAUGACUUUGGCUUAGGUAUAUGAAGAAAAAAAUAUGUUUAAAUCUGUUGAAAUAAUUAUUUGGAAAUUAUAAGCCAAUAUUUUAUUGGAUCAAGGUCUUCUGGUUUCCAGACCAAAAAAAAUUGGGCUUUAGAAAAGAUAGCAGAGGCAAUAUACGAAGACACAUAACUCAUGAAUGUGAGUCCUGCCAUUGGCAGUCUGAGGUCCUUACUUUAGCAGUUAACAGUGCAACAAAGAGAGUAGUAAGCUGGUGCAUGCAAGUGCUGUCAGUGACUUUGAUGAUUUGGACCAUUGACUGUAACACAGACACAGCCAAGAUAAGAUCCUCACAAGCAUUAUUAACAAGGAAGUGAUUUGCUACACCUUGUGUAAGGAGAAAGAGCUAAGCAUAGAAAAGUCUUAAAAUAGAGCUAAUUAAACACCACAGUGGUCAGCAAAGACAUAAUCAUUUCGUUGUUAUUUGGUUCCAUCCAGUGUGUGUUCAUUUAGCUUUUGAGAGAUGGCUAAUUGCUGGUUCUCUCUUGAAUGCUUUCAAGGGCCUGAGAAUGAACAUAACUGGCGAGCCAUUUUUCCACUAUCACUCUUGCCCUGCUCAUCAUAUAUCCACCAUUAUGUGAAGUAGCUUGAGACAAUCAACAGACAUAAAUAAAGCCCUGAAUCAUAAAAAAAAAAAAAAAUAAAAAUUCAAAGAUGA